GGUCUACAUCUGUAGCCGAAGUGGCUCAAAGCUAGAUGAACAGCUGUGGGGGAUGGCGUGUAUUUCAUCCUGCUGCAUAACAGCGUCCUCGUACCACGUUCAGGCUGCAGUUUGUCUGUGGGAUUUGUGAGCUCUGCCUGCGUGGCUGCUCUCCUCUGCUCCAGCCCAGGGUUGGCUGUCACAGACUGCAUCGUCCCAGUGCUCUGCGUGCAGGUCCCUGGGUGCUCUGUUCUCUGCAGAGGCGCUUUGGGACUGCAGCCCAGAUUUCCUCAGAAUAUGCUGAUACAAAUGUGGUUAGGCAGGCCUGUAGGUGUAGACUUGCAAAUAUGGCAGUGAUGGCAAAAAAUCUGCUGAAUAACUAGUUAAUGAACCAAACCUCAGACAGGCAAGGAGCUGUAGAGUCAGAAAGGACCUGAGAGCAGCUUGAUUUCUGUUCAUUCAAUCUGUAUAAUUUUUUUUCCCCACUGAAUAUUUUACUUACAGAUAUAAUUGGUUGUGGUUUUAAUGUAAUGAAUUAGAUUGCUGUGUUUCAGAUUCUGAACUUGACUGGGCAAACAGCGUUCUGUGCUCUAAAAAAUGAGCAGCCCUUGUUGGUGUGCCUGCAUUUGAACUGAUAAUAUUCAGGCAGGGAGCUGAUCCUGUAGGAAUCCACAGAAGGGUUUUCCUGCGUACCUGGUGGGUUUGUUAACCCUUGUUAACAUGUGUUAGUCCCUGAGUUCAGCUCCCUGGUCCUACCUGCUCAUUAUGAAAACUUGAAAGCACUGGAUGUUUUACAGGCUGCCUAUAAAUAAUACACUUGCUCUAUAAUUGACUGGAGCUGCUCAUAGUCUAUGAAAGUACUCUAGAAAUAAAUCUUUAAAGUAACUUUUAACUUCCCAGUGCUGAGAUAGAUCCUCAUUCCUGAAUUGAUUUUCUUCUCCCUCAUAAAACUUGCUAAAACUAAUGGCAGUUGGAGAUGUAGAUUUCUUUCUCCUGUACAGUUAACUGUCUCUGGUUGGUUUUGCCUUUAAUAUGAAUGCACGUUCACUUCUGUCCCCAUGAACAGGUGAGGGGUUGAGGUACUGAUUUACAGUAUCAAUUGGUUUUCCUGAAAUAUAUUAUGUAUUUGCUUGGAAUGAUCAACUUUGGUUGUCUCUGUUUAUAAAUGAUAGGCUCUGAGGUGAAUAGGAAUUCAGCAAUUCAUCUGUUUUCUAAAUGGAAAUAAGAAUUCUGCAGUCCCAUAUAGCUCUAUAGCAAUCCAUGCUGCUAAACUAGAUGGGGGGAAAAAUCAUUAAUUCUUGUUAACUUCUAACAUAGCGAGAUUGAGUAUUCUUUUUGCAAAUGGGUAUUCUCUAUAAACCUUUAAAUUGAGUGCCAAAUACCAAGUGGUUAUUAUUUGGAAUUACUAAACAGGUGAGCUACAAAAACUGUGUAUUACUGGAGCUGCUUACUGGAUCCUAAUGACAGCCUUACAGUACAGACUGGAGUCUUUCGCUGCUUUAUUGGUACGUGUGGUAUGCUCGUUGUUUCUGGCCUUCUCAGCAGAAAUGGUUGAGUGCUGUCCUUGUUAGCCAACGCAGAAGUUGGCCUUGUUUAAGCUGUACAGGAGCAAGGCAUCUUUUGCUUUCCUUGCUGCUGACUGCAUGGGAAGGAGCUGUUCUGUUGGAUCGCUCACUCACGUACUCUCUGGAGUUCUGUGGGUUUUUGUGUGUGUUUUUUGUCCAGACACACCGGGAAGUUCUUUGCUAAGUGUAUUAUCGGAUAAACCUUUUCAGACUGUUCCUUCCCUUUCCUCCUCUUUGUUUUCUCUCUCCCAGAUAGAUGAUAUAAAGAUAGAACUCUCUGAAGUGCCAGAUUCUUCUGUACUUCAAAUUCCUUUCAUUUUAUUUUCCUCAGGAGCAGGACAGGCCCUUGGAAGGAAGGGUUCUGAGAAAUGAUCUGCUGCCAGUUCACAGAAAGGGAAGAGAAUGGCUGCAAAGGAGAAGUUGGAGGCGAUAUUAAAUGUGGCCCUGAGGGUCCCAAGCAUCAUGCUGUUGGAUGUCUUGUACAGAUGGGAUGUCAGCUCAUUCUUCCAACAGAUCCAAAGAAGCAGCCUACACAACAACCCUCUCUUCCAGUACAAGUACUUGGCCCUUAAUAUGCAUUAUGUGGGUUACAUCUUAAGUGUUGUGCUCCUAACUUUACCAAGGCAACACCUUGUUCAGCUUUACCUGUACUUUCUGACUGCACUGCUGCUGUAUGCUGGACACCAAAUUUCCAGGGAUUACGUGAGAAGUGAAUUAGAAUCAGGAUAUGAAGGGCCAAUGUACGUGGAGCCUCUCUCAAUGAAUCGUUUCAUGACUGCACUAGUAGGUCAGCUGGUGGUAUGUACGCUCUGCUCCUGCGUCAUGAAAACAAAACAGAUCUGGCUCUUCUCUGCUCACAUGCUCCCUCUGCUGGCACGGCUCUGCCUGGUCCCGUUGGAAACCAUUGUCAUCAUCAACAAAUUUGCUAUGAUUUUCACUGGUUUGGAAGUUCUCUACUUUCUGGGAUCAAAUCUUCUGGUGCCCUAUAACUUGGCGAAAUCUGCAUACAGAGAGCUUGUCCAGGUGGUGGAAGUGUAUGGUCUGCUGGCUCUGGGGAUGUCUCUGUGGAACCAACUGGUGGUCCCUGUUCUUUUCAUGGUGUUCUGGUUGGUCUUAUUUGCUCUCCAGAUCUAUUCCUAUUUCAGUACACGGGACCAGCCAGCCUCAAGAGAGAGGCUUCUCUUCCUCUUCUUGACAAGUAUUGCAGAAUGCUGUAGCACUCCAUACUCGCUGCUGGGUUUGGUCUUCACUGUCUCCUUUGUUGCUCUGGGAGUUCUGACUCUCUGCAAGUUUUACUUGCAGGGCUACCGAGCAUUCAUGAAUGAUCCUGCUAUGAAUAGGGGAAUGACUGAAGGAGUCACACUUCUGAUCCUGGCUGUGCAGACAGGUUUGAUUGAGCUCCAAGUUGUGCAUCGGGCGUUCCUGCUCAGUAUUAUUCUUUUCAUUGUGGUGGCAUCCAUACUACAGUCCAUGCUGGAAAUUGCUGAUCCCAUUGUCCUGGCACUGGGAGCCUCAAGAGACAAGAGUCUGUGGAAGCACUUCCGAGCAGUCAGCCUCUGUUUGUUCUUACUUGUGUUCCCUGCGUACAUGGCCUACAUGAUUUGUCAGUUCUUCCACAUGGAUUUCUGGCUGUUGAUCAUUAUCUCCAGCAGUAUCCUAACCUCUCUUCAGGUGCUUGGGACACUCUUCAUUUAUGUUUUGUUUAUGGUAGAAGAGUUCCGAAAAGAACCAGUUGAAAAUAUGGACGAUGUGAUUUAUUAUGUAAAUGGCACGUACCGGCUGCUGGAGUUCCUUGUUGCUCUGUGUGUGGUGGCAUAUGGUGUCUCAGAAACUGUCUUUGGUGAAUGGACUGUCAUGGGUUCUGUGAUCAUCUUCAUUCACUCCUACUACAAUGUGUGGUUGCGGGCCCAACUGGGGUGGAAAAGCUUCCUUCUUCGUAGAGAUGCUGUGAAUAAGAUCAAGUCACUGCCCACUGCCACAAAAGAACAGCUGGAGCAACACAACGAUAUCUGUGCCAUCUGCUACCAGGACAUGAAAACGGCUGUGAUCACACCAUGUAGCCAUUUUUUUCAUGCGGGCUGUCUGAAGAAAUGGCUGUAUGUGCAAGAAACCUGCCCUCUGUGCCACUGCCAGCUUAAGAGCCCUUCACAGCUACAAGGACUGGGGCCGGAGCCAGUUCCACAGCCAAAUCCUGGUGCAGAGCAAAAUGUCAGACCUGGAGAUGCGGCUGAGCCCCCCGGCGCUGAGCAAGACAGUGGGCCAAAUACAGGGGACAACCCUAGUCAGAGUGAUGGACAGGACAGCCUGGAGGCCUCUGCUGAGACGGAGGGAUUCCAGGACGUGGACAAGGGCACGAGCCCAUACGAGGCCAGCCAGGGAGCAGCGUGCGCUGCAGAACUCAUGGCAGCCCCAGAGGGGUGCCCCACUCGAGACCCGAGGGUUAGCAUCCAGCUCUAAGGUGACGAAGGAUGACAUGGGAACAAACACAUUUCAGAGAUCCUAGUUUGACUCAGAAGAAAACCUAUCCUUCCACAUCAGUGAAAGAAGUUUAGCUGUUAAUGCUGGUCAAAAUGUAAUAUCCUAUGCUGAUUUUCGUGGGCUGCUUGGUAGAGGUAACUCCAGUGAGAUGUAGUAGAAAUGACUCCAGAAGCUCUCUGAACUGCGGGCAUAGGAAGGAUGUCUGAAAAUCUAAGUUAAAGAGUGUUUUCAAGACGUAGAUAAGGGAUGAGAAGCACGGGAGGUCUGUGGGAAGUUGUAGACAGACAGACAAAGCGCUGGCUUUUGUUUUGUUGCUGAGGAGGGUAUCGAAUACCACAUGUCCCAGCGUCCCAGAGGGGUGUUAAAUGCAGUGGGUUGCUGGUCUCUGGCUGAGGAGCAGCUUUGGUUACUGACAGUUUUUUUUUAUGGCACGUAAGCAAAAAAUCAAAGAUACAACGGCAGUGAUUGUACUAGAAGAUGGAAGCACUCUAAAUACGUCAUGUAUAUGCUUUGGGUGUUCUUGGUUGGGCAACUGCAUUUUAAGUCAUGUAAUCUAUAGUGACUCUUGACUUUUAUGAUGGAGUCUUCAAUAUUUUGAUGUAUAUGAAACUUUUGCUAAUAAUGGGCACAGUCUGGGCUGCAUGAAGUAAACUAAAACUCUAAUGAACGCUUUGGCCUCCGCUACCGUGUGCAGGAGGGAAGUGGGAUGAGUUUUAGGGCACGGAUAGAGGCCUUGCAGUACUGUGCUGUGUAAUGUUUAAUUCUUGCAGCUGAAUUAAAACAGUAUUAAACUCUGGCGAUAUUUGCACUUUGGGAAUGAGUACAUUAUUGUGUAUGAUCAGACUCCGCAAAUGCCACUUCUGAAGCUGUUAAUAGGUUUGCACCUUUUUUUCUUUGACAAGGACAUGUCCGUACUUAAAUUUUUACAUUCAUCAUGGCUUCAAGUAGAACUAGGAACUGGGGUGGGGAAAUAGAUGGGAGUAGGGGGGCAGGCAAUUUUUUUAUGUGAAUUUUGAUAUGAAGAGAAAUUAGUCACUUAUUUAUACAAUAGGCUUGACUCAAGUGUUUUUCAAAGUCGGUAUUCCUAAUGUGAAAUGUGAUACUAUUUUAUUUUUAGUAGUAAAUUUGGAUGUAGACUGACAGACAUAGCUGAAUGUCUUAAUAAAUUACAUUUGAAGAUUUUUA